AUGGCCGCCAGCUCCUCUGUAGUCCCGGUUCCCGUGACGGCUGCUGGGAUGCCCGUGCUGUCAGCCAGCAGCGGUUUUUCAAAUUUGCGGGAAAUUAAAAAGCAGCUGCUCCUUAUAGCGGGUCUCACCCGUGAGCGGGGUCUAUUGCACAGCAGCAAAUGGUCUGCCGAACUCGCCUUCUCCCUGCCGGCGUUGCCUCUCGAUGAGCUCCAGCCGCCGCCCCCUAUUACAGAGGAGGAUGCCCAGGAUAUGGAUGCAUAUACUCUGGCUAAGUCUUACUUUGAUGUUAAGGAGUAUGAUCGAGCAGCACAUUUUCUGCAUGGUUGCAAGAGCAAGAAAGCCUAUUUCCUGUACAUGUAUUCAAGAUAUCUGUCUGGAGAAAAGAAGAAGGAUGAUGAAACAGUUGAUAGCCUAGGUCCUCUUGAGAAAGGACAAGUUAAAAAUGAAGCUCUUAGAGAAUUGAGAGUGGAGCUCAGCAAAAAACACCAGGCUCGGGAACUUGAUGGAUUUGGCCUUUACCUGUAUGGCGUGGUACUUCGAAAACUGGACUUGGUGAAAGAGGCCAUCGAUGUGUUUGUGGAAGCUACUCACAUUCUUCCUUUGCACUGGGGAGCCUGGCUAGAACUCUGUAACUUGAUUACAGACAAGGAGAUGCUGAAGUUCCUGUCUUUGCCAGAUACCUGGAUGAAAGAGUUUUUUCUGGCUCAUAUAUACACAGAGUUGCAGCUGAUAGAGGAAGCGCUGCAGAAGUAUCAAAAUCUCAUUGAUGUGGGCUUCUCUAAAAGCUCAUACAUUGUUUCCCAAAUUGCAGUUGCUUAUCACAAUAUUAGAGAUAUUGACAAGGCCCUUUCCAUUUUUAAUGAGUUAAGGAAACAAGAUCCUUACCGAAUUGAAAAUAUGGACACUUUCUCCAACCUUCUUUAUGUCAGGAGCAUGAAAUCUGAGUUGAGUUAUCUGGCUCACAAUCUCUGUGAGAUUGACAAAUAUCGUGUAGAAACAUGCUGCGUGAUUGGUAAUUAUUAUAGUUUGCGUUCUCAGCAUGAGAAAGCAGCCUUGUAUUUCCAGAGAGCGCUGAAGUUGAAUCCCCGAUAUCUUGGUGCUUGGACACUGAUGGGCCAUGAGUACAUGGAAAUGAAGAAUACAUCUGCUGCGAUUCAGGCCUACCGCCAUGCCAUUGAGGUCAAUAAGCGUGACUAUAGAGCCUGGUAUGGCCUUGGGCAAACCUAUGAGAUUCUGAAGAUGCCAUUUUACUGCCUUUAUUAUUACCGGCGGGCCCACCAACUUCGACCCAAUGAUUCUCGAAUGCUGGUUGCUCUAGGAGAAUGUUAUGAGAAACUCAAUCAACUAGUAGAAGCCAAAAAGUGUUAUUGGAGAGCUUAUGCUGUGGGAGAUGUGGAGAAAAUGGCUCUGGUGAAACUGGCUAAGCUUCAUGAACAGUUGACUGAGUCAGAACAGGCUGCCCAGUGUUACAUCAAAUAUAUCCAAGAUAUCUAUUCCUGUGGGGAAAUAGUGGAACACUUAGAGGAGAGCACUGCUUUCCGCUAUCUGGCCCAGUACUAUUUUAAGUGCAAGCUGUGGGAUGAAGCAUCAACUUGUGCCCAAAAGUGUUGUGCAUUCAAUGAUACCCGGGAAGAGGGUAAGGCUUUGCUCCGGCAAAUCCUACAGCUGCGGAACCAAGGCGAGACUCCUUCCACUGAGAUGCCUGCUCCCUUUUUCCUCCCUGCAACACUGUCUGCGAACAACACACCCACACAAAGAGUUUCUCCACUCAAUCUGUCUUCAGUCACACCGUAGUUGGCUGCUUUCAAACCAGCACAUUGCCAGACCCUUAUUAUUAUUGAGCCUUACCUCCAUGUAAAAAUGGCCACAUUUGUUCCUAUGGACCAUAGCUCUUUCUGUGUAUACUGAUGCAAAUGGAUCCUUGGGAACAGUUUAUCAGAAUCACUUUUAGAGGCAGAUUGACAGAAGAAUCCUGGCAAGAAUGGGCAUUGUUCUUUUGCCAGUUAGAGGCACUUCUAUGUCCUUCUUAUUCAGAGUGGCUAAGGUUUCUGGCCUUUCUCCCAGACUUUUUCCUUCUUUAAAACAUCCUUUUAACAGCACUUUAGCUCUGGCAGUGCCACAGGAGCAAAGAUUUAAUGCUGCUGGGAGUGCCAGUGUUAGAGACAAGAAAAGGAGAAAAGUCUGCCACCCAGCCCUACCCUCUGCUGGCAGUAGGAGCACUGGAUACCUUAGAAGGUCAGGGCAUUGGAUAGAUGUGAUCUUGAUCUUGGAUUUGCUCUGCAUGACUUCUUGAUGUCAGAGAUUAAGUUUAAAUGGUGUGAAGCUGUGUAUGUUUUCACUGU